CAGACUCCAGCGCGUCGUUGUCUUCUAUUUGUUAUCCGCGAGGUCUUGGCUCCAUCAAACCGUAAUAAAUCUGUCAAAGGCAUUUUUUUCAUUUUCUUUCCUUUCUUUUUUUUUUUUUUUUUUGGUCACAUGCAGUCCGUUCGCCCAGCUCCGCGUACAUUCAAUCCUGCGCGAUCAGCAUGAUAAAUGCAACCACCUUACCGGAAUAUAAUACUCCAGAGUGGGAGUACUAUUAUGAUUACCUGGACCCGGUUUUUGUAGAUGAAACCAAAUUGAAAUUUAACAAGUAUUCCGUCGUCAUAAUAUUCUGGGUUGGCAUGGCUGGAUUUGUGGUUCUUCUCUUCCUUAUUUUAUUGCAUCUGUCUCGUUCUGGGAAUACAAACGUGGGUCACAAUUCUAAGAAAUCGUGUCUGUGUUGAGGAUGUGGAUUCACAGAUUGGCUGAAUAAGUCUUGUCAUCACAUUAAAGUGUGAAUAAUACAGGUAUUCACAGCUGAGAAGAUUACCGCAGUCGGUAGGCCUACUGGUGAAGGCUGCCAUUUAACGCAAAAGGAAAACCAUCACACUGGAAGAUAACUACGUUUUUCAAGUCACAUAGCGGCCAUUUUUUAUUGUUUUUAAGUUAACCUGGCUGUGAAAAUGAAUUCAUAGGCAUGUUACCAUGACAAGUUACUGGACAGAUGAAGGUUGUAGAGUGUCAGAGCUCCUGAAAUGCUAACAAUUAAGUAAUAAACGUGAUUACAAAUAAUUCUUUGUGUAUUGUGAGCCUCCACUGAAGUGUUUCUUGGCAUACUUUAACAUAAUAAAACCAUGAUAUCUUUAGAAUGUGCUGUAAUGUUAGUAAGUUUAUAUCUAAGUUUAAUCUCUGAAUUUGUGUACAGUGUAUAUUUUGGUUACGGACAAUUCUUACUGUUCCUACAAUUUAAAAAAGUGGAACAGAAAUGAAAUUUUCCGGUCACACUAUUAAAAUUCCUGCCACAUGCAGUUGAGCAUUAUCUGGUCUACUCUCAAGAUACCAUUGACUUCUGGGAUUGUCAAAUGGCACAGAAUUGCUUCUUGCACAUGCCAUGGCCCUUAAUGAUAUGCUUUAGGCUUACAUUAUGGUAGCUUCAGAUCUGCUGUAUUGAUCUGAUCUGUGUUUGAUAUCUUCUUGAUAUCUCUGAUUGCUGUUUGACAUCUGCUUGAUAUCUCUGAUUGCUAUUUGAUAUCUGCUUGAUAUCACUGGUCUCUGUUUGAUAUCAGCUCGAUAUCUCUGGUCUCUGAUAUCUCACCAGGGGUGCAUAUGUGAAUGUGCUGUGGCCUUUUUCAGGAGAGUGUUCCCUCACAGGAAGGGUGGUUCAGACUGACCUCUAAUCUGUGGACAAUGAGACCUGUAUUAUUAUUUAUCGAUCAAAGGUGUAACGGCGUUUGAGAACCGUGGGAGUAUUCUGUGUGCGUGUCUAUUAGGUGUGUGUGUGUGUGUAUGCAUGUGCAAAAUUAACCCAAAAACUAGGGUUCAACACUGUGGGAAUUACUUACCACGGAAAGCUAACCACGCACACACACGCUACAAUUUACAUCAACGCUUGAACCUUAACCCAUUUAAAAACAGAUUUUGCUAGGCCUGUUAUUGAUGUUUUAAAAAACAAGAAAGCCAAUAUGCUGACAUGUAAAAAUAUAAUAUGGCUUAAGUUUAGGUAUGUGCGUCAGUUUCACUGGAUGACGUAGCUCACGCACCGCCUGCAGUGUAAUCUGUACACAUGAAUGAGUGGUGGUGACCUGUGGUGUCCUUCCCACAUAUAAACAUAGCAGAGGCAUGUCAUUUUACUUGAUGCUGCUAUUAUUCUCCAAACCAGGCACGUCAUCUCAAUGGAAGUUUACUAUGAAAGGUAAAGUGACCAUAUAUUAGAUUUUUUUUUAAAAAAGAUAACAGAUCCAGACUGACUUUAUGAGCAUAAUACUAGGCUAUUUGUAUAUAUACAGUCUAUGGAAAGAGCAAACCCUAACCAGACAUUUUUUAGGAAUUCAGAAGUCCAAACCUGCGCUGAUAUUUUUGACCCCAAAAAAUACAUUUCCAGGGGGCGUCUGGUCAACCUAAUGAAGGAUCAUUAUCUGGACUCGCUGCUUCAUCGCUGUUAUUCCAACUCUCUGCAGAAGAAAAUGUGCAGGAUAACACUGAAAAAAGACAUGGGGAAAUUGCACAAAACAAAACCCAUAGAUGGCUGUCCGUGGCUUUUGUUGCUACUCGGCACUUAAUUGAGCAAUUAAGGCAGUUCAUUGAAAAAAAAAAAGUAAUUUCACCUGGUUUCCUGGGUCUGAACUGAUUGGGGAUUUUUAAGGUAAAAACAACAACUGUGGAUCUCGAGGAUCAGAACUGGACAACCCUGCACAGACCUGGGUCCUGUUUCGUGAAGCAGGAUUGCUGGGUUAGCUGGAUAACUGCACUGAGUAGAACCCGGAAACCCUCCCAGAUCUGAAACAUGGACUUAAGUAAAAAAGAGCUGUUCAGGGUUUUACACAACACAGUUAUCCAGCUAGCUCAGUAACCCUGCUUUGUGAUACAGGCCCCUGACCGCGGUCGACCAAACACAUAGUUCAGUUUGUGAUUGUGAACAUCGCUGUGACACUGAUGCCAGAUUGGACACCUCUUCCCCACCCCUCCACUCCAGAAUCUUAUCUUGCGUAACCCAGAGGGCCCGGAUGAGUCCCCCAUGAAAUCUAAAUCAGCUUUGGCCACCUGGAGAUUCUGAAGUAAGCUUCCCAGGAUCUGAGUCUGACUCACCGUGUUAUGUAAGAGAUGGAGCCGAACCGGGGCGGGGCGGGGGGAACAAUGAGCUUAUCCCAAAAGUGCUGAGUCCCGGCUUCUCCGAGGAAGACAAGCUUCCUUCCUUGUCACUCACGGUCAGUGGCACAUUUCCCUUUUGCUCAACGGGAUUGGAAAAUGGACCCAGCUGGUCUGGACAGUCCCAGAAGCCGGGGAGAGGGGCAGUGUGUACUGGGUGCUCUCUGUCUCCAGCAGCUGAACUAGGAUCGCAUCUCCUGCCAUUGAUCAUUAACAGACUGUUUAACCCUUUGAAGAGUGGCCUUUUGAAGAGUUUUUUUGGAAUGUUCUUUUCCCCCAAAAUUCUAAGUCUGUGUUCUAGGACUCAAUUGCUUUCGACCACCAAUAAUGAUUGUUACAUCAGCAUUAGAAUGUUCAAUCAAGAAAAACACUCAUUCCUUAAUGUGUUAACACAAAAAAAGACGGUCAAUGAUACACAGUCUAUGGAAGGAGUCUCCAGUCCACAAGAGCUCCAGGGUUUGCUGGCUUCUGCUUUCUCCAUAAAAUAAGCAACCAGUUCAGAGCUGGUCUUUGACAUCAUCACAAUGCCACACAAAAGGGACAUGCUCAACCCCUUAAGGCACAAGGUCACAAAUAUGUGAUUAGAAUGUUUUUAACGGAACAUUCUAAAGCAGAUUAUGCAAUCACUACUGGAAAGUUAGUUCUGGAAUGCAGACUUAAUCUUUUGAAAAAAAGGAACCUACUCUUCAAAGGACUAAGAGAUGUCCGUUUGUGGACGUCACUGGGAUAUAUUUAACUGCGCCAACAUAAUCAGCCUUCACCGUUAUGUGCACUGGCGGUAGACUAAACCAGGAAAUGACCAACAGCAUGAUUAAUAUGUUAACAUAUGGCCUUCACUAGCACAUGCACAAGGACAACCCUCCCCCCCCCCCCCCCACCACACUACAAACAUCAGCUUACAAUGUACAAUGACCAACAUAAGCAUGCACACAAAAGAGACUAUUUCUCCCUGAACACUUCGCCUAAAAACUCUUAUUUAAAUACCUGAUAAAUCAAUGACGAUCCUUAAUAAGAUAAGGAGAGUUACCCAGUGCAAACCAUCUAUUUUACUUCUCGGAGACACAUUUUACACUAUAAAGAUUGAUGAUGUAAUAAAAAAACAGCUGUAUUUUAUGAACAGUGUACUGUAGAAACCCUUAAAAUGAAAGGAAAAAUUAGAUAAAUUAUAUCCAUAUUACAAAGCAAAGUAAAACAUUGUGGACUGUGUCCAAUCAUAAUAAAAGCCUUUUAUGAUAAUCUCUAUCCAGCACUGUCAAAACAUUUUUCAGCUCCUUCAAACAGCUUUUCUCCCUCUACAGCAAAAUGUUGGAAUACACUAACAGCACUCUAACACCAUCUGUCGCCUUUCUGGUGUACUGCAGAGCGACUGCUCUCUUAUCAGCCACUAGAGGGCGUAAUGAGUCAGGAAUUUCAUUAUAAUGCCAAGCAUGUCAGAUCUGGCACUGGGCAUUCCAUAUCUCUCCAAGAAGCCAGUCUCCUCCAGAGUGCUCCUGUCCACAGCCAUGUUGUCCCUAAUGCUAACCUCAACAACAAAGCCGACUGUAUUUGUAGAAGCUGGUAUGGAUUUCAGCACAUCUCCUGGAUUUAAAACAGAUUUUCCACAGAGAACGAGGACAAAGCCAAAGGAAGAGAGAACAUAAGGAAAGAUGGGGGACUUUCAAACAAAAAAACUGGAGUAAAAUAUAUUAUUAUAUUAUAUUAUAUUAAACAAAAAUUGUGGCUAAAGUGAGCUCAACGCCCGAAAGUCGAUUAACUCUUUAAUGUGUGAGAUCACAAAUAUGCGAAUAGAAUGGUCUUAACUGAACAUUCUAAUCCUGAUGUAGCAAUCACUUCUGGUAAUGGAAGGCGAUGGAGUUCUAGAACACUGACUUAGAAUGUUGGAAACAUAUUCCGGAAAACCUAAUCUUCAAAGGGUUGAACCUAUCGAAAGUGCUGUUAUCCAUUUCAUAUGGCUGUGUGAAGGGCUGUUCCCUCACAACUGACAGUCCUAUUGCAUUUAUAUAAUCGAUCUGAAUUAAUAACUGUGAAUGGUUACAGAACAGAGAUCUGAACUUGAUUAAAAGGAAAAGAAAGAUCAAGAUGAUCGUGUGAUCGGGACAUUUUAAAAUAGUCCUGCAAUCACUUCCUUUUGUUCAGCAGUUCGUAUUCAAAAUUUUGAAUUAAUGGAUUUUAUAUUCUGAUAUUCUGACAGCCUUGCUAGGCGCAGACAGUGUAAAAUCAAUGCUGUUCUUUUUUUUUCGUGGAUUGAGGAGGCACUACGUCUGAAACCUCAGAUUGAGUGUUCUCAAAGGAUAAGAGACUGGACGCUAAGGCACUACAAAAAAACAAAAACAAAAAAAAAACAAAACAGGCAAGGGCUACUUAUAGUGAGUGACAUCACUGGACAAACAUCCAGCGGGCCCGGAAGUCUUUGGGCAGGGUGGGCCCAGCGGGAUGUGACAACAGAAGGUCACGCGUCGACUGCCCGCUGCAUAACGACCCUGGGACGUCCCGUACCGCUCACGCAAAGCCAAGGCGUGGCUCCGGGAAAAACAAAAAGAGCUCUGAUUGGUAGAUAAGGGGCUUGGGUACUUCUCCUAAUCACUUUUCCCUAUGAAACGCUGGUGGAGUCUUUGAGGGAAACAAACAAACAAACAGAUGAACUAAUGAAUGAACGGAGGAACGAACACCUCAGUUCUGAUAUAGUCUAUUCACACGCACGUUCCUGUGGUCACAUCCUCAAUCUGAGACCCUGGCUGGAGGACUGGGGAUUGAAAAAUGACUGAAAACCCCUUAAAUCGGCCAGCACAGAUUUGUUAAAUGUUUGAGGCAAGUAAUAGAGUCCACAAGACUGGCCAUGUGUAAUUUGGACAAGCCCUCAACUGUAUUGACAAUUAUUGCAUAAAACUGUUUAACGGUUCUUGUAAAACACUUAUUUGUCAUUUAAUGGCAGAUAAUCACAUAUUUGCGAUCUUACACCUAAAAGGGUUAUUUCUGGUCAAAUGAAAUCCAAAACUGGCCAAUCAGUGGACAUCACAUCUAGUCAGACAUCUGUGUCCAAAUUUAAGAUGGUACAGUACUGAAAAAUCACAAUAGGGCACUGAAGUCAGCCAACGGCAUCGCCCAGCCAAUCGCAUCCCUCCUUAUCUCUCUUCGCUGGCUGCCAGUUACAGCUCACAUCAGGUUUAAAACCUUGGCAUCAGCCUACAGGACAGUGAAUGGAGCAGCUCCACAACAACUCCAGUCUAUCUUUAAACCUCACAUACUGGACCAGACCUUUCCACAACCCUGAGGCACAGGGGUGGAGCUAAGGGGGUAUAUAACAGGGGAUGUUUUUUUGGGCACGAGUGGAUCCAGUGGGUUCACUCACUGGGGUGAGUAUGCAUGUGCAUUAUGUGCAUGCGUUUACAUUUGCUAUUGGGGCAUUUCUCAUAUUUUUUUCCCCUGCUCAGAUUAUUUAUAGAUCCAUCCCUGCCAGGGUGUCUGUCCGCUCCCUGCGUGAUCUCUUGUGCCAGGCAUGAUGCGUAUACAGGCCCCACAGUGGUGGAAUGAGCUUCCAAUGGAGGUCAGGGCAGCGGAAUUCCAGAACAUUUACAGACACAGACUAAAGACCCACCUCUUCCAUCUUCAUCUAUGGCUCCCUUCAUAUUUGCAGCUACACUACAGUUUUUUAGUCUUACACAAUUAAUGUAGGAUUAUAAUAGCAUGUCUUAUAGUUUUAUAUGAAUAUCAGCUACGUGUACCUAAAUUGUGUUAGGGUUAGAGGUAGGUACUAGUAAACUGACAUUUGGUGAUUAUUAACGGUGAACACACGUUGUUGUUCUGUGGAUGUUGUAAUCCAAGUCAGACACACAACUCUGGUGGAUACACUUCGGCUACAUUUUGCAUGAUAUUUUAUGUUAUUUGUCACUGUAAGCCUUAUAUCAGCGUUCUUGGAAAAUAAUUUAUGUCCCUGGUUGUAUAUUCAAAACAGUAAAAACGUUCAAUUUGGUAAAGAGUCGGUCAUUGAGAAUUGGGCCGACCCUUGAUUGCAAGUCGCUGUGGUUACGCGCGUCUGCUAAAUGAACGCAACGUAAUGACAGAGCGUGUUGAUCUCAACGCAGUCGACGAGGAUGCUGAAAAUAUUCCGCUUAAGUCUUAAUAUUGCCUCCUUCUCGCUGCAGGGAAUGAUCUGCCACGCCCCCAUGGUGGAUCGAGCCCAGCAGGUCCGAGACGGACAGCGUUCUUGUCUUUUUUUUUAAUUCACGUGGAUUUAUUUUCUCACGAAACAAACCGUUUCUUCUUGCUCCAGAUACUUUCUCGCUGGUCAGAGUGACCUCAUUUCCAUCUCGAUGUCAGCACUGGGGAGGCAGUUCCUGAGUUUCUGACAGUUUUGACUUGUUGCGCAUGUUUUAUUCGCGCUGCAAGGUGCCUAGCCUUUACUACUAUUCCAAAGACGCAGGUCUGUUUCGAGCGCAGAUGGAUUCCUCGGGGCGAAGGCUGGCUUAUCUGAAACAGUUUUCCGUCGUGUUUACUUCCCGGCUAACAUGUACAGACUGCUGAUGUCAAACAGCGCUCCGCCGCAAGGAUUUGAGUUAAUUUAUUUCAAAACAAGAGCCUGGACCGUGCAUGCGUGAAAUGGGACGUUCCACUCCAAAGCGGAUACUGGUAUUACACGUGGAAGCGCGAUUAUUAACUGUGACACAGAAAGUCCCUAGCUUCGGCAGGUGUAGACGGCGUGGUCGUACAGUGGCAUUAUAGACUUACUUUAUUCCCGGGCGUUUGACUCAGUCUUUGAUAAAAGCCGAGCGUUCGAACAUGAUCUCAGAGACCGAGAAUGUUGCUCUGCUUCAGCUCUCCGAGACAGAGGUGGCGGCUCAUUGACAUUUUCUACUACAUCCUUCUGCUGUGGACCAAAGAAAUGGACGGACUAGCAAACUUUUCAAAUUACUUGACCCGGAUCAUCCAGAGUCACGCCGCUCACGCCUGCGACGGCGAGCGAAUGCGCCUGCAUUGCCCUCGACACUCAACCAUAUCGGUACUGUCGGCGUUUUACGGCCUCUCCGAGACGGAACACUGUGGCCCCGCGACCGGUGUGCGCGAGCCGUCUGACAGGACCUGCUCCUCCUUCACCGCCUUACAGAAGUUGUUGGCGGAGUGCCAGGGUCAUCGUGACUGUCAGCUCCUUGUGAAUAAACAGGUGUUUGGGCGUGACCCCUGCCCCGGGACCUCCAAGUACCUCCACGUGUCUUACAAAUGCAAGCCCACCGAACACAGGAAGAAGGUGGGGUGCCAGGGGGAGCGUGUGAAGUUGCACUGUAAGUACCCCCGGGUGCUCAACAUCUACGCGGCAGCCUACGGCCGGGCGAUGGAAGACGAAGAGUACUGCCCUUCAGACGAAAAGGAGCCGCCCCCUUUCGAGUGUUUAUUCCACGGCGCCGUGGACGUCGUGACAAAGGCCUGCUACGCCAAGCCGAGGUGCGUCAUCGCCGUCAACGACCAGAACUUCAGAGACCCCUGCUUUCCAGGGAUGAGGAAGUACCUCACCAUCCUGUUUGCCUGCGUGCCUCAGACCCUGCUCAGAGAGGCCGACCCGAAUGCUUUCAGCGUUCCCGGCCCUACAUCGGUUCCGAAACGGAACAACGAUUCGGGAGUGCCUCCAUAUCCGAAGGGAUCACGACUCCCAGACAAGAGACGGUUUAUUUUGAGUAACUCCCUGACGGCCUACGGUUACAUUAAAGAGCACCCCGAGAUGGCCGCCCUGCUGUUCGUCUCCAGCACGUGCGUGGGGCUGAUCUGCACCCUGCUGGCCGUGUCCGUGAGGCUGUCCUGCCGCCAGGCCUCGGGGGGCGGGGCUCGGCGCAAGGCCCCGCCCAAAAAGGGGGCGGGGCGGAGGGAGGAAGAGGAGGCGACGGCGGGGGAGUCGGAGGCCAGCGCCUCCUCGGUCUCCGCCGGCGACCGGAAGGGCUCGUUCGGCUGGGAGGCGACGCCGCAGACGCUGGAGGCGGCGGAUCUGGCGGAGAGGAUCGAGCGGCGGGAGCAGGUCAUCCAGGAGAUCUGGAUGAACGCGUACCUCAACGGGACCCCCGCGGGACCUCGCUGACCCGUACCCGGCCCUCCACCUCGUCCCAAACACACCCACGGAACGGAGCGCAGCCAAACCAGCCCAUAAAGGACCUUUUUUUUUAAACUAUCUGGUCAGCUUGCCUAUAAAACUAUAUGGGCCAAGUAUAUAACAAACUAUGAACGCACUCUGUUUAGAGUAAGCUAUGGGAUGGGUCAGUUUAGGCCCCGCAGCCUUCUUUGUUUCUGGUUUGAUUUCACAAACGAGGCGACGAUCAAACAUUUACAGGAGACUUACUUCAAGUCCACAGUGAUUAACUCACGGUGAUAUUCAGUGCCAAAGAUACAGGCAUGCUAACACGCAGCCUCGUCCUGACCGGGCCAUUGUGAACGACCGGAACGUUAAGCGAACUCUCGGUGCGGUCAGCGUUCCUCCUGGUGAAUCCGCCUUCAGCUCCACCUCUGCACAGGAGCCCUCCUGCUCUUCCUCUGCGCCUGACGGAAGCUUUGCUUUGGCACUGCGCGGUUCCGCGGAACGUUCCGGAACACGGCGGUCCCGGGCGAGGCAGCGCCGCGGGGGAAGACGUUGGCCGCGGGAGCAACAUCCUGUCCUGGAACGGCGUCGGGAUCUUAACGCCGCCGUCGGCAAUUCGCCGGGACAAAGAGAGGAAAGGUGUUGCAUCCUUCUCCGAGCGAGAGGAGAGAGAGAGAGAGAGAGAGAGAGAGAGAGAGAGAGAGAGAGAGAGAGAGAGAGAGAGAGAGAGGAGAGAGAGAGGGAGAGAGAGAGAGAGAGAGAGAGAGGGAGAGAGAGAGAAGGAGAGAGCACAAAGGCCCCUUCGGUUCUGAACAUCACUGUGCUGAUGCCAAGACUCAACACGGCGAUUGACAAGACACGACAAAACAUUCAGUUUUUCCAGAUUUUUUAUUCACAAGUACUGAAGACUAGUACGCUAACUAGCACGCGCUGCUUAAACCAACUGGCGAGGCGCAUCCGGAAAAGCCAAGAAACUCCAGCGGGGCUCAGCAGAAACGUGUCAGAAGCCACACUGAGAGUCCACAGGUAAGGGGCCCGACACCUGUGCUAGUCCGAGGGUAAAGGUCACACAGACCCCCCCCCCCCCCCGCUCUGGAGAAAGAGUUCAGCGGGGACCCCAUUUGAUGUUCGUGAGACCCUGAAAUUGCCUCUUCAGCGCCUGCCUGUCCGACCACUCGGACUGAAGGUGUGAGUCAUCGUCCGCUUCCUCCAGCUUCUGUAAACCGGCGGAGAGUCAGAGGUGAACGAACAGAGCAAACGUGACAUCCAGCAGCGAAAUGGCUGUCGACAGUCAGACAGAAACAGAAAAACAGGCACAGACUGCUGCAGUGUACGUGUCUGUCUUUUUCCAGGACAAUAAAGUUUUCUCUCCCACCUUGAGCUCCUCCUGCCGCCGGUAGUAGUGCAGCAUCAUCUGCUUCUGCUCCUCGGCGCCCACCACCGGCUCCCUCGCUGGCGCCCCCUGGCCUCUCUGCGAAGAAACGCACCCUGACGUUACACAGACUAACUCACAGAAAUAUCGGACAACCGGAGAGAGUUACACAGGGUGCUCAAAACCUGAGGUAAAUCAUAGACAGGUUACACAGGCACAGUUUGUCAUCUGUUGAUGAAUUUCAUUUUUUUCUCCUCACAAAUAAUUUUCUCUCAAAAUUGCCUGAUUACACUGAUGGAAUAAUAAGGACCAGCACCGAAUGUGAUGACCCCUGUAAAUUAUUUUGACCAUAAAUUAACUGAAGAAGAGACUGUGGACGUCAUUGUGGAAGAUUAAGCCAUUUACUGUGUUUUUUUGCCACUAAAACGUAAGUUAAUAACAAACAAACAUUGAGAAAUGUUCCCACGAAACAUGGUACUUAUCAGACUUCCUUCCAUUAGUAUAAACUACAAGUGAGAAGUCUCUUGCUAAAAUUACUUGUUUCAUAAACCAGUCUAUGAAAAUGAGUUGCAAGACUAGGUGAGGUUCAUCGUGUCCCCCUCCGCACCUUCUGGAUUUUGACGACAAUCUUGGUCUUCUCGUUCUUGCCCACGUAGUCCUGGAGCUUCUUGCCCCUCUGUAGCUCCUUGGCUGCCCACCAGAGCUGGGCCUCCUGCUCGGGGAUGACCUGCAGCGAGGCCUGGGGGAGGAAAUCCAGGGAGGAGGAUGAAACCCCCCCAAAAAAAAACACUUUAGAGCAGAGGGUGGAGAAGCUGAAGAUUGUUGUUGUGUCUCCGUAUGAAAUAUGUCACUGUGGUCUAAUCUAUGGGCAAACCUGUGUUGGUGUACACAGCUGUUUAGCUAACUGAACCAGGGUAACUGGUGUAACACGAACCCACACACGCACCCCAACCUCCAGGAAACGCAUAACUAAAUAUCACAAUAAAUUGGAACAAAAUAGAAGGACAUUAACACUUUAAUGGUCUGCUUAACUGACUAUUUCAGUGGUUAUUUUCUUGGCUUGCCAGUUAAAGAGUUCAGAGGCGUGGCUUUACGUGUUAUCCCGCGUACCUGUGUUCCGGCGAGAUCUUCCUGGUUCUCAAACUCCAUCCUGAUUGGGUCGUGAGGGGGCAGGCCCAUGGGGUACACGAUCAUGACCGCGCCCCGGAGCUGGUCCAGAGCCUCUUUCACCGUCUCCAUGGUGACGCACACGCCUGCCAGCACUUGUUUCUGAAAAAAAAAUCACGACACGGACGGUUUCAUCCUGACGUGUUUUCUGUGUCCAUGGUGUCUGAAUAUGGGGUGAUGCAUCAGUGCUCGGUCAAAUAGCUCACCAGGACAGUAUCAACAGAGACCCCUGGACACUGCCUAAAUUAUGUAAACUACUGUAUAUGCACAAAUAAAGCUUUUGAAACUAUAUUUGCACAAAUAUAACACGUGUGUGUGUUCCCUUCAAAUAUACUUACUUUUGAAACUAACGCUUUUGCUUCUUCGACCGUUUUCUUCAGAACCUCUUUCAUUCUUCCGUUUGGAGCUGGAUAGAUGGGACAAAAUUAAACGCAAAGCCGUAAGCACCUGCCAAAAAAAAAACGGCAGCAGGUGAAACAGAAACGUCGUGACGUCGUCUCAUAGACUUGCCAUAUCCGUUCCUCCUUCCGAUUUCGUCCUUCUUGAACUCUGCCCCGCCGCUGGGGACGCAUUUGUCCUGCCAUUCGUCCCGGAGCUUGAGAUCCACGAUCUGAUCGUCCGUUAGCCCCUGCAUAUUCGGGGGAAGUGUGACGCCGUGCUCCGCAAGCUCCUCAAUUUCUG